UAGAGAGCAUUUCGGUAACGUCUUUUAGUACCUUCUAAAUGGAAUCGCCUCUCUUGUAGUCUAGACACUGCAAUAAAGCCAGAGCCCUAAAUUGCCUUUUUUCCGACUUAAUUGCACCGUCUGUUCGAGAGGAAUGGUGUUCGCUUCCGCAGUAAAUAGUAAACAAGAAAGUCCGGCUGCUAGUACAAAAACUAAUACGUUUAAAAACGAACACUUAUUGCCUAUAGGUGCAAGAAACCUAUCAAAUGAUAUCGCUGAGUGUAGUCCGUUCACAUGGAAUCAUCUCUUCAGAAGAAGCUGAGCUGCGCGCAUCUUGCAUUCUAAGAGACAAACAGAGCAGAAGUGAGAUAUUUAUUUUGCGGUGUAUGCUCACAGGGGUUGGGGGUAUUGCAUGUUGUCCCCAUGUGCAGUUUUAUACGUGAUCAGGCUACACGAAUUUUGUCACAACACGUGGGCUCAUAAGGCGUGCAAGUGUGCUAUUGGCACUUAAGGGGUAUGAAGUAAAAGAUAUAAUUAAAAGUUGUCUUUGAACUUCAAUAAUGUCAAGGCCUUCACCUUUAACCUAUUGCAAUAAAGCGGAAUCAAGGAGCCCCUUUUGUCAGGAAACUUGGUGAACAGAACAGAACCAAUCAGCGCAAGUGGGAAAGGACCAAGGAAUGCCUAAGAAGCAACACUUUGACCUCUCGCAUUAAACUACAGCAGACGCAUAAGCCACGUAACUGUAGGCUAUAUCUGAAGACAGAAAUUGUUCUUUGUUCUGUUGUUGCUUUCCUUGUCCGUGAAAAUCGGCUAGAUGGCGCCAUUGCUCCAUGCUGUACCACAUAAAUUCAACAACUUGACCCCAGUGACGUCAAGACGGUCUGGCGCAUCAAGGCCACUUUCAAAACCCUAUUGGUCUGAAAAUCACAUGACAAAGCGCCUUGAAUCCAUAAUUAUGUUGCUGAUAUUUUUCGCCCCCCCAAAAGAUGUCAGCGUCCUACUGUCCUUAUCCACUUCGGAAUAAAGGAGAUUGUUUUGAAUCAAAAGAAAAACAAGUCAAGUAGCAAAAUGUCAUGCCCGAACAACGUGGCAGCCAACACAUUCCUGAUGGACUCGCUGGUGGGAGGAACGUCUCCUUACAGAGGUGAGAGCUAUUCCACUAACACUGGAAUGUAUAUGCAAACGUCUGCAGAAUAUGGUUGCUCCAUGAUGGGUAGUUUUGGAUUUGUUGGUAGCCCUCUCUCCAAACGGGACGAUCUGCAACCGACUGGGAUGCAUCUCAGCAGUUACCAGCAUUCACAUUACCUGUCGCAGCGGGACACUUGGAUCGCAGGCUCUAAAACUUACAGAGGUUCACAACCUGUUGCCCAGCCUUUGCAUCCAUGUUCGUUUCCAGCCAGUAAUGUGAAAGAGGAAGCGAUUCCUUGUCUUUACCAGCCUGAUAUCGACAGCGCUAAGGAGUCCGCCGAGAAAUCCACCUACAUCCGUCUGGGAGACAAUAACAGCCACCCGAAUCAAAGCGCCGUCUCCACCCCCGAUUAUUUCCGACGGAGCCAGGUGUACGCCAGUGAAAGGGGCCACCAUGGAGAUGAGUUCGGUUCGGACUUUAACCCAAUAGCCAGAAUAUCAACGCCUGUUGAAGCACUAGCAGCAGAUUCCUAUGUCAAAAGCAGCAAAGCAAGGCAGGACCCAGAAGAAAAGGGAGGGAAUACGCAGGAAGACGACAUGGAUCAGAGACAGACUAGAAAAGAGGAGAGUGUCACAAAAACAGACAGUUGUACUGAUGAUUCCGAGAGCGAAUUGAAAGAUGAGGCUAAAUUGCAAAAAACCACGGGGAACUGGCUAAAAGCAAAAAGUGGACGAAAGAAGAGAUGUCCUUACACAAAGCAUCAGACACUUGAGCUAGAGAAGGAGUUCUUGUUCAACAUGUACUUGACUCGAGAGCGCCGUCUGGAGAUCAGCAAGAGUAUCAACCUCACAGACAGACAGGUCAAGAUCUGGUUCCAAAACAGAAGGAUGAAGCUAAAGAAGCUCAACAGAGAAAGUCGCGUCCGAGAGCUAACCGGCUAUAGUUUCAACUAAGCGCUUUAGACGGACAAAGGAAGAAAUAAGAAAUUGAAUGCUCUUUCGCGUUUCCCACGUUCAGUCCUUCUCUGUUAUCGAAUCUCUCUUUUUUCUGAUUUCUCAUUUUGCAUUCUCAGACUCACGCACACAUACAAACACAGAAUAGCAAAGCUCUGGCCCAUGACUUUUAAUGCAAAGGGACUGAAAAAUCCUGAAAACAAUAUCGAGUUUACAUUCGAACCUAAUUUAUCAUUGUUGAACAGAUCAGAAUAAUAAUUGUAAUUAUGCCAGUAAAGUAAGAAAAGGAUGCUUGGUGCAAAUAUUCGUGGCAGAUUUGUAAUUUUAAAAAAUGAGAUGUCCGUUUGAUGUCUUAGAUUAGUUUGUUUGCUGUCAGUGCGCUUGCCCUACAAUGCGCGCUCUGUAUUUUGCAUGCUUUGUUCUUUGACUUGUAUUUGUCAAUUUAAUGUUUAACUCAAAGCGGGUGAUAAAUAAAACAGGGGGUGGGAAAAUA